AUGGACGGAAAUGCGGAUCAAGGCCAGGUUGCAGAUGGAAUCCUUCAUGAUGUUGAUUUAAGUGAGCCAACUAUGGGAGAGAAACUUGCUGCUCUCAGUUUGCCAGAUAAGAACAAAUUCAGGAGGGAUAAAGAGCAAGAUUCUUCUGACCCAACUAAGCCUCCAAGUGCAGACUCUGUACAUGUUUUGCUUGGGCAAGCAUUAAAUGCUGAUGGUCGCACCCUUCUGCUAGAUUGCUUGUAUACGCAGGAUGAGAAGGUUAUUACAAAGUCAAUUGCACAGUUGAACCCAUCAAACGUCCUCAAAUUCCUACACCCUCUCAUAUCCAUUAAUGAGUCUAGUCUUAAUGGAUACUGUUAUGUUACUGCAUGA